AUGUCAGUAGCAACAUUAACUAAAGCUUCCAAUGAAAUUUCUGAAUUAAACGACAAAGAAUCUGUUAUCUGUAAAUUGGAGAAAAAACGUUCAAAAUCACGUUUAUCUAAAGUUGAUGAAAAUUUUAACCCUAUUAAGCAAGAUGAUGAAAAAAAGGACAUAAAGAUUGAAAAAUCUAUUAAACAAGAUGAUGAAAAAAAAUACAUAAAGAUUGAAAAAGAUAUUAAACAAGAUGAUGAAAAAAAAUACAUAAAGAUUGAAAAAGAUAUUAAACAAGAUGAUGAAAAAAAAAGACAUAAAAAUCGAAAAAGCUAUUAA